AUGUUUCCAAACUCACCAGACUUGUUCCAUCCAAUUCGUAUGUACAACUCGUCUCUCAAGGCUUCCAAUUUGAAUUUGCAAUCCAUGGAGUUCAAGUGUCAUUCAAUCACAGUUUGUGAUUAUCAAAUGGAGAUCUUACAUCACUUAUUAAAUUCAGAGACCAAAACUUUACCAAGCUUGGCAUUAAUUGAACAACAACCAGAAAUUAAGUUAGGUAUGAGACCUUUAUUGUUAGAUUUCUUAAUGGAAGUGAUUACUAUUUUGAAUUUAUCAAAAUCAACCUUUCCAUUAACUGUUAAUUUGAUUGAUAGAUAUUGUUCAACUAGAAUUGUCAAGAAACAACAUUAUCAAUUGUUAGGUUUAACCAGCCUUUGGAUUAGUUGUAAGAAUUUAGAUUCUAAAUUCAAGAUUCCAACUUUGAAUGAUUUAAGAAAGAUCUGUGUUGAUAGUUAUUUCAAAGAUUUAUUUAUUGAAAUGGAAAAACAUAUCUUAAAAUCAUUAGAAUGGAAUGUCAAUAGUCCAACUUUUGAUGCUUUUAUUGACGUCUUCUUGAAUAUCAUCAUUCAUAACAAUAGCAAUUCCAAUGUUUCAACCUUAAUCAAGAGAAGUCACCACAAGAUUAAAUUGUUAGCUACUUACUGUGGAGAAUUAUUUCAAUUUUAUCCAAAUAUUUAUUUUGAUUAUACUUCAUCUCAAAUUGCUUUAAUUUCAAUCUUGGUUAGUAUCUUAAUGUUGAAGUUACCAAUCAAUUUAAUAAGUUUAUUAGGUUACUACAAUGAUAUUUUAAAAUCUCAAGAAUAUAGAUUAAACAUCACUGCUGAUGAAGGUGAAGAAUUUGAUGAGAUUUUAUCUGUUGCAUCAUUCCAAUCAUUAUUUUCUAAAUCUUUCUUUAAGAAUUUAGUUAAGAUCAUUGAUCAUCCACCAAAAUCUUUAGAAAUCAAGUAUUUUAGUGAAAGUGGUAAAUAUACUCAAUUGAUGAGAUCCGUUGUUCAUUGUGCCAUAGAUUCAUUAAACACAUUAUUAGAACCACCAGUCACUCCAAGGAUCGGAUCCAUCGCUUGUAUGAGUCUUACUGCUAACGGUGUUAAUUCUGUUGGUACUUCAAUCCCACUUGUUGGUGCCAAAACUGGAUCCACAGUUUUACCAUUGACUCCUAUUUCUAAUAGCACUAGCCCAAAAAGAUUUAGUAGUGAUGAAAUUUUUAGUGAUCUGGAAAAGAAAAAUGAAUCAAGUGAUGAUAUGAACAUUGAUCCAAAUACUCCAGCUUCUUCUAGAGGUAGUCCAAAUAAUGUCAAAGGAACAUCAACAGUGAUUGAUGCUGCUACCGUUGCCGCUGAUGUUGCUCCAUCUAAUGGUAUCAGAGAAAUGAAUCCACCAUUUCUUCCACCAAAGAAAAGAUCGUUUGAUGCUGUAGUAGAAAAUAAAGUUAACAAAAUCCAAGAAGUUGAUUCUGGUAAUCAUCUUAAAAGAACAAAGAGUGUUAACAAGCCGUUGUUUUUUAUUCCUUGA